AAAAAAUUGUUUUAUUGUAGCACUUCAAUUAACUUGCUACUUUUGAAUUGUCUAAUUCUUGUACAAACAAUCAGGGCAAAGUAUAUAGUUGGAACAGUUAAAGCCCUGCAGGCAAAGCCUGGUGGAGGUGCAGAGUGGCUUACGUCUCUUCGUGGUCGGGAGCUCAAUGAGGUGAUUGAUGCCCUCUGUACUUUGCCUGGAGUAGGACCAAAAGUUGCUGCCUGCAUUGCUCUGUUCUCCCUCGAUCAGCAUCAUGCAAUUCCUGUUGAUACUCAUGUGUGGCAGAUUGCGACCAGGUAUCUACUGCCAGAGCUUGCAGGCAAGAGUCUAACACCAAAGCUAUGCGGUCAAGUCGCUGAAGCGUUCGUGUCGAAAUUCGGGAACUAUGCUGGUUGGGCACAAAAUGUGCUUUUCAUUGGCGAGUUACCUUCUCAAAAGGCUCUUGUUGCUACUGUGGAAGAGACCAAAUCUUCGAAGAGCAAAUCUUCGAAGAGGAGAAGAGUGACAAGCAAAGCGGCCGUCCAGGUUUUGGUGGAGAGCGGGUAAAUCACAAGGUAGGAGUCUGUGUACCUGUACCAUUGGUGGUGGUUGUGUAUAUCAGUUUCUCAUUCAUCAAGCAUUUCAUCACGUGGUUCUCAGAUGGAUAUGGCCUCAACAAAAUCUGCUAUAGUGAACUGGAAAUUAUUUAUAAUCUAAGAAAGAAUUUUGGGAAUUCAUGCCAUUUGGAAGGAUAUUUUUGUUGUCCGAUUGAGAUUCUUUUCAAAGAAAUGGAAUCACUGCUACCGUUGCUGGAACCGUAUUAUAAUCUAGGAGCCCAAACGCUUGGAGGCAUUUGGUUAAACUGCAAUUCAUCUUAUUAUUAUUAUUAUUAUUAUUACUAUUUUAUUUCUAUUGGGAUGUGAAAAAUCUGUAUGAUACGAGUGAUACAUGCUUGAUUUCAUUUGUAACAAAGUGCAUACCGGCUAACUUAAUUUGUAUUCGAGAAAAAGUGAGAUUCAGAAUAUUUUGAGAA